GAAAGCACAUGCAAAACUGAUCGGAAGCCACCCCACCGAUCAGCAUAUCUCCUGAGAGUGUUUGGUUAAGGCUCUGCCUGUAUAUAUGCACAGGUCCGCCCCACUCGGAACUCCGCGCCUGAACCUUGGAGCCAGUCGCAGGCCUCCUGCAGCCCGAAGGUUAUAGCCGCAGGAGCCCUGGAGACAGCGGUGGUGGGCCAGCAAGGAGCUGCAGCACCGGAAGGAAAAUUUUUCCAAGGAUGGUCUCCCACUCAGAGCUGAGGAAAAUUUUCUGCUCAGCAGAUGCAGUAUGUUUUGAUGUCGAUAGCACGGUUAUCAGAGAAGAAGGGAUUGAUGAACUGGCCAGAAUCUGUGGAGUUGAGGAUGCUGUGUCGGAAAUGACUCGGCAAGCCAUGGGUGGGACAGUGCCUUUCAAAGCUGCUCUCGCUGAGCGCUUAGCACUGAUCCAGCCCUCCAGGGAACAGGUGCAAAAGCUCAUAGCAGAGGACCCCCCACACCUGACCCCUGGCAUAAGGGAGCUGGUGAGUCGCCUGCAAGAGCGAAACGUUCAGGUUUUCCUGAUAUCUGGUGGCUUUAGGAGUAUUGUAGAGUACGUUGCUUCAAAGCUCAAUAUCCCGGCCACCAAUAUAUUUGCCAAUAGGCUGAAAUUCUACUUUAAUGGUGAAUAUGCAGGUUUUGAUGAGACACAGCCUACAGCUGAAUCUGGUGGAAAAGGAAAAGUUAUUAAACUUUUAAAGGAAAAAUUUCACUUUAAGAAAAUAGUUAUGAUUGGAGAUGGAGCCACAGACAUGGAAGCUUGUCCACCUGCUGAUGUUUUCAUUGGAUUUGGAGGAAAUGUGAUCAGGCAACAAGUAAAGGACAAUGCCAAAUGGUAUAUCACUGAUUUUGUGGAGCUUUUGAGAGAACUAGAAGAAUAAUACUGAUUUCUAUAUAGCUGAUAACAAUUGCAGAUGAAUUUUUAAAAAUUGUAAAGAUGGAUACUAUUUGCUUACAAUCGCCUGCUAAAACUUUAUAUGUAAAGUUUAUACUUUCAAGUAAACUACAGUUAGGACUGCUAGAAGAUUGCUUUUAUUUUUAACUGUAGUUCCAAUAUUAUUAUGACCAUUGAUUUCCUGGAGAGUUUUAUAAUCUGAAUUCUUUAUGUAUAUUUCUGGCAAUAUUUUAUAUGAGGUGAU